AUGAACAAGGAAGAAAACAAGAAAAAUAUGAAGUGUCAUGUGAAAGGUCAGAGGGGUGCUUCCAGUUUUGAGCUACCACUAGUCAAAUCAAGUUUUGAAUUGGCAAGAAAUUUCAGCAUCAAACUGGAGGAAAGAAAGACCAAACAUGGAAAAAUAUGUGCACCUAUAACAGAACUUGAAACAGAAGUUGAAGCUCUUAGGAACAAAAAAAACCAGCCAUUAACUACUCCACAAUUCAAGUUAUCUAUGUUUGCAGCAACUUCCAACAAAGAGCCUGAGCCAAAGAAAAAUGUUUCAGAUAAUGCAAGUAGGACUAAACUACCUAACACUCAUGCUGAAAAAAGUAUAGAGAGGGAAGUAUCUUUAAAAACAAACAAAGGAUUGAAGAUUCAAGAUCCAAAAGAUCAAUCUUUGAUUUCUAAAAGGAAUCAACCUUUAGUUUCUAAAAUCCAAAAUUCAAAAGGACAGUCUUUGUCUCAAGUUAGAAGAUCUAUGCCUAUGCAUAUUCAGGUUCCAAAUAGGCAAUCCAUGAAAAAGACGGUAAUUGGAGAUGAGUCAAGGGAAAAACAUGAAAUUAACAAUAAGAAUCAACAACAAAAAAAGAAAAUGUUUGGAAAUGACAUUUCAAGGGCAAAAGAUCAACAGAAGAAAAUGGUAGUGGCUGAAGAGGAAUCAAUGGCAAGGCAACAAAGUGCUUGCAAGAAGACAAAAAGAAGUCCUUUGUGCCAAUCAAUGUUAAUUGGUGACUUUCUUGAAAAAAAUGGAAGAGGUGUUGAGAAGGAGAUGGAAAAUUUAAUUGAAGAUGAGGAAAACAUUGUUCUAGAAGAACAAGAACAAGAAGAAAAUGUGGAAUGUGAGGGAGACGCAGAAAAAAAUGGGACAACUAAGAAAAGAACACGGGGACCAACGCGUUGUUUAAAAAUAUAUGCAAGAGAUGUAAAAGACCGUCAAGAAGUUACUCUAGAUGACUUUGGAGAGCCAAUUGGACCUGAUGACCAAACUGUUUCUGACUUAGGCUAUUUCCUCGAAACUAUAGCAAGGAAUGCAAAUUUUUGUCCAUUGAUCUAUACAAAUUUUAAAGAGUUGCUUAAAGAUGAAACAGAUCCUAAGCGUCAUAAUUAUCAUAUUUGGAAAUAUAUUAAUACGAAGUUCAACAUUCCUGAGAGAGGAAAAAAAGCAGUGUAUGCUCGAAUAAACGAUGCUUGGAGACGCCACAAAUACUCUAUCAAGAAAGAUCAUUUUCUAAAGUACUCUAAUAUGAAGGAUAGAUUAAAACACCGUCCAAAGAGCAUAUCUGAAGUUCAUUUCAAGAAAUUGUUAGUAUAUUGGAAAGAUACUCAUAUUCAAGAUAUUAGCCAAAAGAAUGCAGCUAAUAGGAGCAAGCAAAAGUUUAUGCAUCGUGUAGGACCGACAAAUUUUGCUAGAAUUCGUGCAAAAAUGCGGGAAAACAAGGAUGGACAAGAAGUCACUCAUGCUGAGAUGUUUAUUGAAACUCGAAAAAGUCGCAAGGCAAAACAAGUGGAUGAGGAAACCCAAUUUGUGAUUGAUAAACUUCAAGAAUCUAUUGAAACUUCAACUGAAGCUGGAACAUAA